GUGGACCAGAUUUCUGUCAAAGACAAGGGAGACAGUUGAACUACCUCAAUGUUCUCAUCCGUCAAAGAAACUUUUCUGAUAGUUAAAGUGGCUAAGCUGCAAAUAAUUGAAGACCAAGAAAACUCUCGUAAAAUCUGUUGAGGUCAAGCGAUAACUUUUCCACUACGCAGCGGAUUUAAAUUUCUGACAAUUGAUUCUGAAAUGCACUGCAUGUCAACUGGAUUUAAGAGCAAUUUCAGGAUAAUUUAAAGGGGAAGGACUAGAUUUGCAAGAUUGAAAGUUAUUGAAUUCUGACAGAAGCUCAAUAUUGUGUGUCAAAGGAAGACCCUUUGCUUUUCCUGCUGAAUCAACCAUGGUGGGUACAGGAGGUCCAGUGGCAACUUUCUCUGUGUGGGAUUAUGUGGUGUUUGCUGGAAUAAUUCUGGCAGCAGCUGGCGUUGGCCUAUUCCAGGCUAUCCGAGGUCGCAAGGAGACUAGCAGCGAGGAGUUCUUACUGGGUGGACGGCAAAUGACAGCUGUGCCAGUUGCCAUGUCACUCACUGCCAGCUUUAUGUCUGGCAUCACAGUCAUUGGUACACCUGCUGAGUCCUACCGGUUUGGAUCUGCUUACUGGAUCUUUGGCUUCGCCUAUGCUAUCAUGUCUGCAAUCAGUGCUGAGAUCUUUGUUCCUCUUUUCUACCGACUGGGGGUCACCAGUGCCUAUGAGUACCUGGAGUUGCGAUUCAGCCGCCCCAUUCGGAUAAUUGGGACAUCAAUGUACAUCGUCCAGACGGCUCUGUACACCGGUUUGGUUAUCUAUGCUCCAGCUCUUGCUCUAAAUCAAAUCACUGGACUGGAUCUGUGGGGAGUGUUGGUGGCUACGGGAGUGGUGUGCAUCAUCUACUGCACUUUGGGUGGUCUGAAAGCAGUAAUCUGGACAGAUGUGCUGCAGAUGGUAGUCAUGCUGGCAGGUUUUGUGGCUGUUAUAGCUAGAGGAGCUGUACUGCAGGGAGGCCUGACAAAGAUUUGGGAAGAUGCUGGUGAAGGAGGCCGUCUACAAGCUUUUGAUUUUGAUCCAGAUCCCCUGAAGCGACAUACUUUCUGGAGCAUCGUAGUUGGCGGUAGCAUAAUGUGGGCGUCAAUCUACUCAAUCAACCAGUCCCAGGUGCAGCGUUAUAUCUCCUGCAAAACCCUGGGACAUGCCAAAAUGUCUCUGUAUGUGAAUAUGGUUGGCUUGUGGAUAACUGUGACUCUGGCUGUGUUUUCUGGUCUCACCAUGUACUCCAUUUACAAGAAUUGUGAUCCACUAUCAAACGGUGAUGUUGCCACCCCUGACCAACUGUUCCCCUACCUUGUGAUGGAUAUUCUGGCAGACUUCCCUGGAGUUCCAGGCCUGUUUGUGGCUGCAGCAUAUAGUGGUACCCUGAGCACAGUGUCUUCCAGCAUUAAUGCCCUAGUUGCUGUCACGGUAGAAGACUUUAUUCUACCGGUGUACAAAGACCUCACACAGAAGCAAGUGAGCUGGAUGAACAUGGGCCUGAGUGUUUUCUUUGGAGGAGUGUGUAUUGGAAUGGCUGGAAUAGCUUCCCUGAUGGGAAGUGUUCUGCAGGCCGCUCUUUCCAUAUUUGGCAUGAUAAGCGGACCGCUCCUUGGUCUCUAUCUAUUAGGCAUGUUGUUUCGCACAUCAAACUCAAUAGGAGGACUUAUGGGAAUGAUCAUUGGUCUAGUGUUGACUCUGUGGGUGGGAAUUGGAGGCCAGCUUUACCCACCGACAGCUGAAAAGACAAAUCCUCUUCCACUCAACACUGCAGGCUGCAACAACACAAUAAACCAAAACUACACAACAAUAACUCCCUGGACCAGUCCAGUGACUCUGACCCCAGAGCCCGAUUAUAGGCCUCCUUUAGCAGACACCUGGUACUCUCUGUCUUACGUCUACUUCGCUCUGUUGGGCGUUCUGACCACAAUUGUGUCUGGCCUGCUUGUGAGCGUGAUCACAGGUGGAUGUAAGCAAGAAGAGAUGAACUCAGAGCUGUUUGUGAGGAAGAAUGACUUAAUCUGCUUUAGCUGGUGCAAUAAAUCAAAGGAAUCAGACAUCACAGAGAAGCCUUCAGCAAACAUUUACAUGGGAGAUGACAACCCAGCAUUCAAAGAAGACGACAUGAUGAGCAAAGAUGUUGAAAAAAACACAAAACUGUAAUACUAGUCUAUCAAUGACAUGUUCUGUCUUGGGGUCAUUUUAAUUAAAUUUAAGAAAAUAUACGCACACACAAAAAGCACAAGCAAAACCCCAUUAUUAGCAUUUGAUGAUAAUGGUAUUUAUAUUGAUACUAAUCAUGUGUGGAAAAUCUAAAACUGAAUCACUCAAGAAAUCAUUGUAUUUAUGUUACUGACAUGGGUAUUUCAACAAGACAGAAACAGUGUAUGUAAUACAAUGAUGGAAAAUCUGACUUGUUUAUUCAAGUCAGAUGCCCACACCUUCUGCUCUCCAUGGGCUGAGAUGUUCCAGUUUCAUGUUCACUUAGACAACCUUGUAAUUCCAUUUAUUGUCCUUUAUAUUCAGUUGCUGAUACCAGAUUACAGUUUAAUAAUCUAUCUGAACAUUGCACUUAAUUUUAUGGUGACACAGAGAUACAUAUUGGAGUAUUGUUCACUUUUACUGUACAGUGUGAUUACUGUUUUGAAGGAAGUGUUUUGAAACAUGAACAAUGGCUGUUUGUUUAUUACAGAGUUGCUUUUUUACGGAAACUAUUGCAGUCUUUAUGAGCUGCCUGUUAAAGCUGGUAACAAAUUUGUCAAUAAAAUAUUUUGUAAAAAAGUG